ACAGAGCCAACAGAGCUAUAAAAAGCCACCGGCAUUAUCUAAAGAACCAAUAUAUAGCCGGCAGCCGCGCCGUUCGCACAAUUUUAUAGUUCAAAUUUGGAAUUUAUAUAUAUUUUUUAUUAGUAUCUUGUGUGAGUGAUUGCAACUUCUUUCUGAUCGUCUUUUAUAACAGGACCUUAAUUUCAAGAUGAAGGUCGUUUUAUUAUGCCUGGCUUUUGCGGCCGCGAGUUUAGCGAUGCCAGUAGCUGAGGAAAAACCUGUUGCCAGUGAAGUGCCUGCACCAGUUCCAGAAGUCAAAGCUGAUGGUGCUAAACAAGAAGCGCCUGUUGCAGUGCCAGCGCCUGUUGCAGCUCCAGCACCUGCUGCCGAUCCAGCACCUGCUGCAAUUUCUGAACCCGCUGCAGCCCCAGCACCUGCUGCAGUACCAGCUGUUGAAGAAAAAAAGGCAGAACCCAUUCCUGAAGCUAAAGAAGCAGAAAAAUCUCCAGAACCUGAAGCUAAGAGUGCACCAGUAGAGCCUGAAGCUCCUAAAGUAGAAGCUGCACCAGUACAAAAGAAAGAAGAGACACCGGAGCCUAAAAUUAGUGAAGAAGUGAAGUCUGAAGCUAUUCAGAAACCAGAAGAACCUAAAGUUGAGGAAAAGAGUGUUAACUCUGAAAUCAAAUCAGAAGAAAAAGGGGUUGCUGCAAAAAUAGAAGAAGUACCCAAUGAAGUACCUUCCGUUAAAUCUGUACCCGAAGAAUCAAUCGAUGUCGUUAAUGCUGUCAAAUCACCAGCUGCCGUUGCUGACGAUGUCGUUGAUCCUGCUGCCAUCAUUCCCACACCAGAAAAGAAAAUCGACUUACCGGUUGGCAAAAGUGCUGUUCCUGUCCCUGAAGUGAAGAAAGAGCAACCAGCACCGGUACCUCCUAAAUCUGAAGAAGCCAAACCUGCAGAAGUGAAAUCAGAAGAAAAGCCCAUCGAGUUCCCCGCUAAGCCCGCUGAAGAAGCAGCUAAGCCUAUCGAAAAUAUUGCAGCUCCUAAACCUGGCGAACCUGCGAUCGAUGACAGUCUACGUGUCGUUCGUGAUACCGUCGAUGAUAAAGCUAAGGCAGCGGCUUUAGCUGGAGAUGACGAAAAAAAAGUACAACCAGCAACCCCGGCUAAAGUUGAGGAAGCUCCCAAAGAAAUUGUAGCUGAUAAAAAAGAAGGAAAGGCCAGUGAAGCUGCAGUAGCGAACGAAACUCCUAAAGAAACCGAGUCCAAAUCAAAUGGACCAGUGGCAGAAGCCCUCCCAACACCUGUCGAAGCCUCUCAACCUAAAAAACCUGCCGACUCACCGAAAGGCGUCGAAUCGAAGUCCGCUGAGUCUAAGGAGAAACCUUCAGGCGACGCACCCGCUGCCAGUUCAGAAGAGAGUGGAGAGGAUGAGGAUUCAUCAGAAGAGAGCGCUGAGAAAACUGACAAAGAGCCAGUUUCCAAAUCCUAGAUUACGAUUAAGGAGCGCUCGCGGCGGGCGUGUGUCGACGACCCUCGACACGCGCCCCCCGCUCCGGAUGCUGUUAGGAUGCCUCCGCGCGCCGUGUCGAUUGAAAUGUGAUACGUGUAUGUAUUACAUGUGAUUGUGUGAACGAACGCCACGCAUUUAGUGUGGAUAUUCCCGUCUAUUCAUUAGAAGACCUUAGAGACUUAUUUAAAUAGCCGAAUCGAAAAAUUACCUGUGUUGUAAUUAUAAUUUCUCAAAAGUAAAUUAUCGAAUUUCCGGUAGGUACUAUAAGAAUAAUAAAAUAUGUUUUUAUAAUA